CAUAAUUUUGACGUAUCUACAAUAGAGUGCGCUCUUGCAUAUCCGCAUCAUUACAUACACCGUUUACUAUCUUACAAAAAGAGAAGCCGCAUACUUACACUGUCCAUCUUUUUAAUAUAAGAUCUUAUUACGUUUCCAGAAUAUACUUAAACAUGUCGGAAACAGAUAAUGUUGGGCAAGAAGUAGAGGUACCUGCUGAACCUGAUGCAGUGUCAGAAGAAGAUAGACAGUAUUUACUGGAGUAUGUAAAGGAAACUGAACAAAGAUUAACAAACAAAGAAGAAAUUAGGGCUGCUAAUUUGAAUCCUACAAGACCACCAGACACAUAUUUCAGUAAAUUGGACUCCAGUCUUAAGAGAAAUACAACGUUUGUCAAGAAACUUAAAAAUUUUAGUAUGACUCAAUUAGAUGCUGUUCUGAAAGAUAUGGCUAAUUUAAAUUUAACAAAAUAUGUUAGUGAAGUUGCUACUGCAUUAGUUGAUGCUAAAUUGAAGAUGAAUGAUAUAUCGUCAGCAAUUAAAGCUUGUAGCUUUUUACAUCAGACAUAUGCAGAGUUUUCUGCUCACUUCUUCGAAAACUGGCAAAGAAUACUAUCCUUAAAAAUUGGAGAAAAAAUUGCUAAUCCAAGUAAACUAAGAGUAGAUUUACGAUUUUAUGCGGAACUUGUAAACGCUGGAAUUUUUACGCACAAACAGGGUUUACCACUUCUUGGCUCUGUAUUAACAGUUUUAAUUAACAUGGAUAAAGAGGAACACAAUAAUGCAAGCAUUAUAUUAAGUUUUUGCCGUCAUUGUGGAGAAGAUUAUGCAGGUCUUGUCCCUAGAAGGGUAAGGGAAUUAUCUGAAAAAUUAAAUAUUGCGAUACCUAAAAGCAAAUUACUUUCUCCUGACAAACAACAAAAUGUAAGAUUCUUAUUACGAGAUUAUUACAAUUCAUUGUGUAAACAUCUGUUGAAAGAACACAAAGAACUUCAAGCUUUUGAAAAACAAAAUCGUAAAAUUUUACAAACCAGAGGUGAAUUGAGUGCAGAAAGAAAAGAGAAAUUAGAAUCCCUUCAAGUAUCUUAUGAACGUCUCCUUAAUGGAGUACAAAGUUACUCUGAUACCUUAGAUGAACCAAUACCUGAACUUCCUGUAGAUAUUGAAAUGAAGGCAGAAGCUGAGGAAACAUUAAAAAUGAUUAAUGAAGGGGAAGAAAAUAGCAUUUUGGAAGAUAUGUGGGGAGAUGAAGAAACAAGACGAUUUUAUGAAGUAUUGCCUGAUUUAACAGUAUUUUUACCAGGAUCAUAUUUGAAAGAAGUACCAAAACCUGAUGUUCCUAUUACGGAAGAAACUUUGGACGAAGAGAUAACGUUUGAUGAAUUAGAAGAGACUGAAAAAGUGGAUGAACCAGAAGUGGAAACAGAGGAACCUCAAGUUUCCAACAUAAGUAAUAAAAUAUUGUUGGAUGCAUUUCUUAGUCACUUGCCAAAUUGUGUCAAUCGCGAGAUGAUUGAUAAUGCAGCAGUUGAUUUUCUUAUAAAUUUGAAUACAAAGCAUAAUAAAAAAAAAUUAGUAAAAGCAUUAUUUGGUGUUUCUAGGAUACGCUUAGAUUUGCUGCCAUUCUAUUCUCGUUUAGCUGCAAUUCUAUAUCCUGUAAUGCCAGAUGUAGCAAAUGAUUUGUGUUUAAUGCUGAAACAUGAUUUCAAAUAUCAUGUUCGAAAAAAGGAUCAAAUUAAUAUUGAAUCAAAGAUAAAAGUGGUACGCUACAUAGGAGAGCUUGUAAAAUUUAAACUUUAUUCAAAAAUAGAAGCAUUAUAUUGUCUGAAAGUAUUACUUCAUGAUUUUACUCACCAUCAUAUUGAGAUGGCAUGUAAUUUGUUAGAGACUUGUGGAAGAUAUCUCUUUUGUUCUCCUGAUUCUCAUCAAAGAACAAAGGUCUAUUUGGAACAGAUGAUGCGUAAGAAGGCUGUUACUGCAUUAGAUUCCCGUUACGUAACAAUAAUUGAAAAUGCAUAUUACUUUGUAAAUCCUCCUGAAUCAACUGGUGGAGUAUCUAAAAAAGAUAGACCUCCAAUUCAUGAAUUCAUUAGGAAACUUCUCUAUCAAGAUCUUUCUAAAACAAAUACGGAUAAGGUACUUAAAUGGAUGAGGAAGUUAGACUGGGAAGAUGAAAGUGUAUCUUCGUAUGCUAUAAAAUGUCUCACCGCUGCAUACAAUGUAAAAUAUUUAAAUAUUCGAUGUGUUGGAAGUUUGUUAGCUGGACUAGUAGCACAUUAUGAAACAAUAGGUCCUCAUGUGGUAGAUGGUGUAUUAGAAGACAUAAGACUGUGUAUGGAAAUUAAUUUGCCUAAAUACAAUCAACGUCGCAUUGCCAUGGUUAAGUAUCUUGGAGAAUUAUAUAAUUAUCGUAUGGUUGAAAGUGGUGAUAUCUUUAGAACUUUGUAUCUGUUAAUUACAUUCGGUGUCAGCAUGGAUCAUUCCGUUCCAAGUGUUCUUGAUCCACCCGAUCACUUAUUUAGAAUUAGAUUAGUAUGUACACUUUUAGAAACCUGUGGACAAUACUUUAGUGGAGGUUCAAGUAAGAAAAAGCUCGACUACUUUUUGGUAUUCUUUCAAAAUUAUUAUUGGUUUAAAUAUACAGAUCCUAUAUGGACUACUGAAAAUCCCUUUCCAGUAGGAAUAGAUUAUAUGUAUCGAGAUACGUUGACAAUGCUUAGACCAAAAAUGCAACUGUUUCAAAGCUAUAAAGAGGCACAAUGUGCUAUAGAAGAAUUAAGGAAUAUAUUGUAUCCAUCCCUAGGAAGUACCGCUACAGAAGACAUUGAGCAUACAGAGGGAGAUUCUGAUAUGAGUGUAAUCGUAGAAGGAGAUGAAGAAUUGCUUGUGACAUCUGGAAAUGGAAGUGGUGAUGCUAAAGGAAUGGGAGAUUUACAUUUUGAAGAAUCUGAAGAUUGUUCAGAAGCACAAUCUGAAGAAGAUUGGACAGCAGAAGCGGAAAGAGACGAUACCAUGGGAACUCAGGAAAAUACUCAAGGAGAUCAAAGUCUAUCAGAAGGUGGUACUGAAGGAGUUAUAAUGGAUGGUACUGAAUUAAAUGCUGCUCUUCCAGCAGGUCCAAAAAAGAUGACUUGUCCCGAAGAUGAUGAUUUUCUUUCUGCACUUGAUAAAAUGGUUUCUGAUAAUAUACAGGAUAGAAUGCGUGACGCUGUCAAGCCGCAACAAGUUGAUAUAUCUGUACCAUUACAUAUAAAAAGUACAAAAAAAACGUAUGAACAAUUGCAAGUGCAAUCAUCUGAUAAUUCUACUGUGGACUUCAUACUUAUGCUGAGGAAGGGUAAUAAACAACAGUAUAAAAAUUUAGCUGUGCCAGUAUCAUCAGAAUUAGCUAUGAAUCUUAGAAAUCGCGAACAAGAACAAAAGGAAGAGAAAGAACGUGUAAAAAGAUUAACUCUGAAUAUAACAGAAAGACAAGAAGAGGAAGAUUAUCAAGAAACUAUAAAUCAAGGUACACGACCGGUAACAGUAAAUCUAAACAGAGAACGACGACAAAAGUAUAAUCAUCCCAAAGGCGCACCGGAUGCUGAUCUUAUAUUCGGUCCAAAAAAAAUUCGGUAAAUCCAUGCGGCAGUUGCUCUAAAAAGUAAUUAUUUUGAACUUUGUGAGCACCGUGUAGUCUCACUCCAUGGAAUUUCGACCAAUGUGAAACAGUGCAAUUGUAAUUAUACACCAUAUCUUCUACUUUUAAUUAAAGACGUAAUAUCUAUUGUUUGUAUAGAUUCGUCUUUUCUUCGUUUUGUUAUUAGCAUUAAGAGUAGUAUUGUUGGAUAAUAUGUGAAUGGAUGCACGAUUGCAUGUAAAAAAAUGUUAGGGAAAAAAUGUUACAAUCAAGUGAGUAAAAUCGUAAUAUACUGAGAAUAAUAGUUCUCCAAAUACUUCGAUGUAAUACUUAUGAUUAAUCUUAUUUUCUAAUGUUUCAUAUAAUAUGCUCAUCAUGACUAAGAACUCUUGUGCACAAAUAAAUACUUCUAUAAAAAUUGU